AUGGAUUCAGUCACUGAGAAGCAACCACGGAACGGUGCCUUAAACGAACCUCUUAAGACUCCUGAAGCGAAGAGAUUUCUAGCAUACCUACGGAUAAAGGAUGCAAACGCCAGGACGUUAUUAAAGGGAUAUAUCAGACCCUCUACAUCACUAGCGGGAUACCUAAUCCUGUUCGUACUAAAAAAGAACGGCAAACUACGACUCUGCGUCGACUACCGGAAACUUAACGACAUUACGAUCAAGAACUGCUACCCACUACCGCUCAUCUCCGAACUACGAGACCUGUUGCACGGAGCACAGUGGUUUACAGCACUCGACCUAAAAGGAGCCUAUAACCUGAUCCGGAUGAAAUCAGGUGAAGAAUGGAAGACAGCGUUUCGAACACGCCGAGGACAUUACGAGUACCUUGUGAUGCCCUUCGGACUUACCAACGCACCCGCGACAUUCCAGACGAUGAUCAACCACGUCUUACGAGAAUUUCUAGAUGUGUUCGUCGUAGUUUACCUCGACGAUAUCCUAAUCUUCUCUAAGACUCUGGAAGACUACAAAAAACACGUAUACUAA